AUGGAGCCUAUUGACUUCUCUGGCAUCCAGGGCUUGUCUGGAAAUAACAUGACUCCGGCGGAUGACUUGGCUGCACCAACGAACACAUCUUAUGUUUUCACCAUCAUUACAAUCUAUGCCCCCGCUGAAGGCUCCAACGAUGAUACUGAAGAUCAAGCUACGGACAACAUGACCGCAUCUCAAUUAUCCCGCCUCAAAGCAGCUAUUCUAGCCAAGCUUCAUGUGCAAUCGUUGACCAACCCCCGAACUUCUGCGAUCCACGAUGACAUUAGGAAAGAUAAGAACUCGAAUUCUCAAUACAUGGCCUGGAAUACGUCAUUCAACAUCUUCAUUACCGCUGCAGCUUCGGGAGAUGCGAACCAACUUCUUAUAUCCCUCCUCAAACAGUCGUUCCUACUCAAGUUUAUGCGUCUCCUUGAUGGUAAGAAUAGUCAUAACGAAGGUUCACUCCAAUCUUCGGCCUUUAGCAAUAAGAGUGCUGCAAAGACUAACCUUGCCAUUAUUCGUGGCUUCAUCGAAACCAUGAGUUCUGAUGCUAGCCAAGACGUAUUUUGCCUCCCCGAUGGAACACCAGUCCCAGAUACCAUGCCCUUGGAACAAUAUCUUGGUAUAUCAAAGCCUUCAGUGAAUAGCAAGGACAGCGCUCCAAUAAUUCCAGUGUUCAUUAAGAAGGCCACCCUGUCGAUUAUACAGCCGACAAGCAAGUUCACUGAAGGGUCAUCGGGACGGCAAACCUUGGGCACAUCACAAGUCAGUCAGAGAAAGAACCAUCGAGGUGGGGGGAUCGAUCAAUCUGUGAUUGAUAAGCUUGGGAAGCCCGAUCUUAAGCUCACGGACCGUUCGGGCGAAGAGCUCCGCCGAGAUAAGUCUCACUUGGAAGUCAAGGAAACCCUACAUGAGUCCGACUAUGCGCCUGAUUCGGACACGACUGUUCUGCACGCAAGUAAACUCAAUGAGUAUGAAUGGGACCUCAUUCUGAAGAACAGUAAUGCGUUUCGAGGAUGGAUUGUGGACUUCAAAGGCGACAAGAUUGCACAGGCCCCUCAUCCAGAUAUUGAGAUUGCCUCGGUUCAGCAUGAAUUUGGAUACUCCAUGGCUCAGAACCACUUUGACAAAAACGUAUUUGAAGUCGAAGGCUCUGGUGUUGUAGAGGGUAUUACCCUGGGGGCCAAUGCGGCAUUCUCGAAUGAACAAAGUAGUGGAAGUGCGACUUCUACCAAGCAAGUGGCCAAGACCUUAAUUGCCACCUACAAGGUUAUACCCCGCGCUACAGUUUACCUAUCACCAGAGGAUCUUGAGCCCACGGAGGAAUUCGCCGCAGCUAUUGAUCUCGUUCGAAAGACUCGCAAUAUCAUAGAUCUCAGGAAGCUCCACAAGCAAUUUGGCCAGAUCUUCUGCGCUGAGAUUGUGGUUGGGGGCUGUCUUCAGACGUCGAAGAUCUUAACUGCAAAAGAGAAGGAAGAAGAGAACGUUCAACGGAAUAGGUUCAAGGGCAGUGUGGGCAUCGCUGUCGGCGCACCUCAAGUUGCCAACCUAGGUGCAAAGAUGUCUCAUGAGACACAAGAUCAUUCAGAGUCAGGAACUCGAGAGUUGGAUCAGCGUGAAAGUCUCUCGUUCCGCGCCACGGGCGGUAAUACAAUUCUUGCAGCAAACCCACCAGCAUGGAUCAGCAGCGUCGCAUCCGAUUCCAAUAGUUGGAGGAUUAUUCAACAAGGGGAUAUCAGACCAGUGAUGGAUAUGGUUUCUGAAAUUCCUGGCUACGAGCAAGUCCGAAUGUGGUUCCUGCAAGCGACGCCAAAGUUGACGGAGUAUAUCGUUAUACCUCAGCAGCGGUCCUUUGAUGCGCGAUUAAAGGUCGAUAUCAAUCACGAUGGUCUCCCCAGAGCUCUUGUUGGCUCUAGAGAGGGGGACAAGAAGAUAGCAGAUCUAUCCAGUGUCACUGCGUACCUUGCCCAUGAUCCUCGACAGCCUCCGGCCCAUUUUCUCGCAUUCGUCAAAGAGUCAGAAAAAAUAGACAAAAAAGAGGGCCCCAUGUACUUCAAAGAUAAUCGGCCUUUCACGGAUGUUACAACGAAGAUCUACCAGACCAGCGAGACUACGACAAAGAAGAUUUUCGAGCCUGCACAAACGCAAGCACCAGUACUGUUCUGUCCCCAGACCCUCCCCAAUAAUGAUCCAGAUAUCCCCGGUCUACUGAGUGACAGUAGGACUGUUUGGACCAUUGAGGUUCCUUUUGGCUAUAGUCUUACGCAUAAUUCUCUCGUCACAUUGAAGUCACAGGCUGGAGGAGCAAAUCGCCGAGACUUGACCUUGACGGUAUACCGAAAUGCCCAGGGCGUGUUCAUGCCAGCCAUUACCAACCACACAGACCCAGUAUACUGGCGAGUUCUGAAAAAUGACCGUUCCAGCAUAUCGUCCUCAGAUCAGAUCAAGUUCGGCGACAAGAUUCGCUUAUGCUGGCGCUUCUCCGAUCAGUCAAGUGGCUGGCGUGAUUACCUUGACGACUUCUACGGGCGGCGCCGCUUCGAUUCACCAGCCGAGCUCCAGUCGAAUGAGGACGAACUCUUCCUCAAGUCGCCAUUCCCAAGAUUCGAGGGGCUGACUGCCAAGCAGGGCGCAUCCAUGCUCCUAAGCACAGUUAGCGAUACAGACCCGGUCUUGGAGGGGCUUAAAGUCCUCAAUUCUUCGGCCUCGCAGGGAACCCAGAACGUCACCUACAAUCUAUUUGAUCUGUCUUUCCGCUUGGACUUCGUGGGCAACAACGGAUCAGGCGAAGCACUCGAUUACAUGAACGUUGCCUUCUCUGAAAUGAGUCAGGUAAAAGAAACGAAACUGAAAUCUGAGGAGUAUGAACAAAAGGAUCAGUCCGCUCUCGAUGUUGGAAAGCGCAUGGGCGCUCGCGUAAUAAAUAGCCACCUUGACCAGAUUCAGAACUUGGCCAACGCUGUGUCUAAAGGAUCGGCUGUUGAUGUCAUGAGAGAGACAGUCAAGACCGGAUUCAUGUAA